CAAGGAUUAUUUGAAGGACUAUUCUUAGACCCUUUUAAGAAGAUUUAAAGAAAAACCAUUCAGCCCUGAGUGCAGCGAGGACCCUGUUUGUGGAUGUGGAGGAGCACGAGCCAGAAGCCAUGGACGUGAAAGAGAGGAAACCGUACCGCUCGCUUACCCGGCGUCGUGACACUGAGCGCCGCUACACCAGCUCAUCUGCUGACAGCGAGGAGGGCAAAGCCCCGCAGAAGUCCUACAGCUCCAGUGAGACCCUGAAGGCCUACGACCAGGACUCCCGCCUCGCCUAUGGCAGCCGCGUCAAAGAUAUGGUGCCACAGGAGGCAGAGGAGUUCUGCAGGACAGGAGCCAACUUCACACUGCAUGAGCUGGGGCUCGGGGAGGUGACGCCCCCUCAUGGGACUCUGUACCGGACUGACAUCGGCCUCCCCCACUGCGGCUACUCCAUAGGAGCCAGCUCUGAUGCAGACAUGGAGGCCGACACUGUCCUGUCCCCAGAACACCCCGUGAGGAUGUGGGGACGGAGCACACGGUCAGGCCGCAGCUCCUGCCUGUCCAGCAGGGCCAACUCCAACCUCACGCUCACCGACACAGAACACGAGAACACCGAGACUGAUCACCCCGGCGGCCUGCAGAACCACUCGCGGCUCCGGACGCCGCCGCCGCCCCUCUCGCACGCCCAUACUCCAAACCAGCACCACGCGGCCUCCAUUAACUCCCUGAACCGAGGCAACUUCACUCCGAGAAGCAACCCCAGCCCAGCCCCUACGGACCACUCGCUCUCCGGGGAGCCUCCAGCAGGCGGCGCCCAGGAGCCCUCCCACGCCCAGGACAACUGGCUGCUCAACAGCAAUAUACCCCUGGAGACCAGAAAUCUAGGCAAGCAGCCAUUCCUAGGGACAUUGCAGGACAACCUCAUUGAGAUGGACAUUCUCAGCGCCUCCCGCCAUGAUGGGGCUUACAGUGACGGGCACUUCCUCUUCAAACCGGGAGGCACCUCCCCGCUCUUCUGCACCACAUCACCAGGGUACCCACUGACGUCCAGCACAGUGUACUCUCCUCCACCCCGACCCCUGCCCCGCAGCACCUUCGCCCGGCCAGCCUUUAACCUCAAGAAGCCCUCCAAGUACUGUAACUGGAAGUGUGCAGCCCUGAGCGCCAUCGUCAUCUCAGCCACACUGGUCAUCCUGCUGGCUUACUUUGUGGCCAUGCACCUGUUUGGCCUAAACUGGCACCUGCAGCCGAUGGAGGGGCAGAUGUAUGAGAUCACGGAGGACACAGCCAGCAGUUGGCCUGUGCCAACGGACGUCUCCCUGUAUCCCUCAGGGGGCACUGGGUUAGAGAUCCCUGACAGGAAAGGCAAAGGAGCCACAGAAGGAAAGCCCAGUAGUUUCUUUCCAGAGGACAGUUUUAUAGACUCUGGAGAAAUCGACGUGGGGAGACGGGCUUCCCAGAAGAUUCCUCCUGGCACUUUCUGGAGAUCUCAGGUGUUCAUAGAUCAUCCUGUGCAUCUGAAAUUCAAUGUGUCUCUGGGAAAGGCAGCACUGGUUGGCAUUUAUGGCAGAAAAGGCCUUCCCCCUUCACAUACACAGUUUGACUUUGUGGAGCUGCUGGAUGGAAGAAGGCUCCUGACCCAGGAAGCACGGAGCCUGGAGGGACCCCAGCGCCAGUCUCGGGGAGUCGUCCCCUCCUCUAGCCAUGAGACUGGCUUCAUCCAGUAUUUGGAUUCAGGAAUCUGGCACUUGGCUUUUUACAAUGAUGGGAAAGAGUCUGAAGUGGUUUCUUUUCUCACCACUGCCAUUGAAUCCGUGGAUAACUGCCCCAGCAACUGCUACGGCAAUGGUGACUGUAUCUCUGGGACCUGCCACUGCUUUCUGGGUUUCCUGGGCCCUGACUGUGGCAGAGCCUCCUGCCCUGUGCUUUGUAGUGGAAACGGCCAAUACAUGAAGGGCAGGUGCCUGUGCCACAGUGGCUGGAAGGGAGCUGAGUGUGAUGUGCCCACCAACCAGUGUAUCGACGUGGCUUGCAGCAACCAUGGCACCUGCAUCAUGGGCACCUGCAUCUGUAAUCCUGGCUAUAAGGGCGAGAGCUGUGAAGAAGUGGACUGCAUGGACCCCACAUGCUCAGGCCGGGGUGUCUGCGUGAGAGGAGAGUGCCACUGCUCUGUCGGAUGGGGAGGCACCAACUGUGAGACACCAAGGGCCACGUGCUUGGACCAGUGCUCAGGCCAUGGAACCUUCCUCCCAGACACUGGGCUUUGCAGCUGUGACCCAAGCUGGACUGGACAUGAUUGCUCUAUUGAGAUCUGUGCGGCUGACUGUGGUGGUCAUGGCAUCUGCGUAGGGGGCACCUGCCGCUGUGAGGAUGGUUGGAUGGGUGCAGCCUGUGACCAGCGGGCCUGCCACCCACGCUGUGCUGAGCAUGGGACCUGCCGCGACGGCAAGUGCGAGUGCAGCCCGGGCUGGAAUGGCGAACACUGCACCAUCGCUCACUAUCUGGAUAGGGUAGUUAAAGAGGGUUGCCCUGGGUUGUGCAAUGGUAACGGCAGAUGUACCUUGGACCUGAAUGGGUGGCACUGCAUCUGCCAGCUGGGCUGGAGAGGAGCUGGCUGUGAUACAUCCAUGGAAACGGCCUGUGGUGACAGCAAAGACAAUGAUGGAGAUGGCUUGGUUGACUGCAUGGACCCUGACUGCUGCCUCCAGCCCCUCUGCCAUGUCAAUCCGCUGUGCCUGGGCUCCCCCGACCCUCUGGACAUCAUUCAGGAGACACAGGCCCCUGUGUCCCAGCAGAACCUACACUCCUUCUACGACCGCAUCAAGUUCCUUGUGGGCAGGGACAGCACACACAUCAUCCCUGGAGAGAAUCCCUUUGAUGGAGGGCAUGCGUGUGUCAUUCGUGGUCAAGUGAUGACAUCAGAUGGGACCCCACUGGUUGGUGUGAACAUCAGUUUUGUCAAUAACCCCCUCUUUGGAUACACAAUCAGCAGGCAAGAUGGCAGGAAGCAUCACUGUGCAGACUUCUACCACAGCAUGAAGGAAUCUCCUUUGGCUUUGCAGGAAGAAAUUGCUAUCUCUGGCUGCAAGAUGAGGCUGAGCUACCUGAGCAGCCGUACCCCUGGCUAUAAAUCUGUCCUGAAGAUCAGCCUCACCCAUCCUACCAUCCCCUUCAAUCUCAUGAAGGUCCACCUCAUGGUGGCGGUUGAGGGUCGCCUCUUCAGGAAGUGGUUUGCUGCAGCCCCAGACCUGUCCUAUUAUUUCAUCUGGGACAAGACCGAUGUCUACAACCAGAAAGUGUUUGGGCUCUCAGAAGCCUUUGUUUCCGUGGGUUAUGAGUAUGAAUCCUGCCCAGAUCUAAUCCUGUGGGAAAAAAGAACAGCGGUACUGCAGGGCUAUGAAAUCGAUGCUUCCAAGCUUGGAGGAUGGAGUCUGGACAAACAUCAUGCCCUCAACAUCCAAAGUGGCAUCCUGCACAAAGGGAAUGGGGAGAACCAGUUUGUGUCCCAGCAGCCACCCGUCAUUGGAAGCAUCAUGGGCAAUGGACGCCGGAGAAGCAUCUCCUGCCCCAGCUGCAAUGGCCUUGCUGAUGGCAACAAACUCCUGGCCCCUGUGGCCCUCACAUGUGGUUCUGAUGGGAGCCUCUAUGUUGGUGAUUUCAACUACAUUAGGAGGAUCUUCCCCUCUGGCAAUGUCACCAACAUUCUGGAGUUGAGAAAUAAAGAUUUCAGACAUAGUCACAGUCCAGCACAUAAAUACUACCUAACCACAGACCCUAUGAGUGGGACCGUCUUCCUUUCAGACACCAAUAGCCGGCGAGUCUUCAAAAUCAAGUCCACUGUGGUGGUGAAGGACCUGGUCAAGAACUCUGAGGUGGUCGCGGGCACAGGUGAUCAGUGCCUCCCCUUUGAUGACACUCGCUGCGGGGAUGGUGGGAAGGCCACAGAAGCCACACUUACCAACCCCAGGGGCAUUACGGUGGAUAAGUUUGGGCUGAUUUACUUUGUGGAUGGCACCAUGAUCAGACGCAUUGAUCAGAAUGGGAUCAUCUCUACCUUGCUGGGCUCCAACGAUCUCACAUCGGCCCGGCCGCUCAGCUGUGAUUCUGUCAUGGAUAUUUCUCAGGUUCGCCUGGAGUGGCCCACAGACUUAGCCAUCAAUCCAAUGGACAACUCUCUUUAUGUCCUCGACAACAAUGUGGUCCUGCAGAUCUCUGAAAAUCACCAGGUGCGCAUUGUCGCCGGGAGGCCUAUGCACUGCCAGGUCCCUGGCAUCGACCACUUCCUGCUGAGCAAGGUAGCCAUACAUGCAACCCUGGAGUCUGCCACUGCCUUGGCUGUUUCACACAAUGGGGUCCUAUAUAUUGCUGAGACUGAUGAGAAGAAGAUCAACCGCAUCAGGCAGGUUACCACUAGUGGAGAAAUCUCGCUAGUUGCUGGGGCCCCCAGUGGCUGUGACUGUAAAAAUGAUGCCAACUGUGAUUGUUUCUCUGGAGAUGAUGGUUAUGCCAAAGACGCAAAGCUGAAUACCCCAUCUUCCUUGGCCGUGUGUGCUGAUGGGGAGCUCUAUGUGGCUGACCUUGGGAAUAUCCGAAUUCGGUUUAUCAGGAAGAACAAGCCUUUCCUCAACACCCAGAACAUGUAUGAGUUGUCCUCACCAAUUGACCAGGAGCUCUACUUGUUUGACACCAGUGGCAAGCAUCUUUUCACCCAAAGCCUACCCACAGGAGAUUACCUGUACAACUUUACCUACACUGGGGAUGGUGAUGUCACACUCAUCACUGACAACAAUGGCAACAUGGUCAAUGUCCGCCGAGACUCUACCGGGAUGCCUCUCUGGCUGGUGGUCCCAGAUGGCCAGGUAUACUGGGUGACCAUGGGCACCAAUAGUGCACUCAAGAGUGUGACCACACAAGGACACGAGUUGGCAAUGAUGACAUACCAUGGCAACUCUGGCCUUCUGGCAACCAAAAGCAAUGAAAAUGGAUGGACAACAUUUUAUGAGUAUGACAGCUUUGGCCGCCUGACAAAUGUGACCUUCCCCACUGGCCAGGUGAGCAGUUUCCGAAGUGAUACAGACAGCUCAGUGCAUGUCCAGGUAGAGACCUCCAGCAAGGAUGAUAUCACCAUAACCACCAAUUUAUCUGCCUCAGGUGCCUUCUAUACACUGUUGCAAGACCAAGUCCGGAACAGCUACUACAUCGGGGCAGAUGGCUCCCUGCGGUUGUUGCUGGCCAAUGGCAUGGAGGUGGCACUACAGACGGAGCCCCACCUGCUGGCGGGCACUGUCAACCCCACCGUAGGCAAGAGGAAUGUCACACUGCCCAUCGACAACGGACUUAAUCUGGUAGAGUGGCGACAGCGCAAGGAACAGGCUCGUGGCCAGGUCACCGUCUUUGGGCGCCGGCUGCGGGUUCACAACCGAAAUCUCUUGUCUCUGGACUUUGACCGUGUGACACGCACAGAGAAGAUCUAUGAUGACCACCGCAAGUUCACCCUACGGAUCCUGUAUGACCCGGCAGGGCGCCCCAGCCUCUGGUCACCCAGCAGCAGGCUGAAUGGUGUCAAUGUGACAUAUUCCCCAGGGGGCCACAUUGCUGGCAUCCAGAGGGGCAUCAUGUCUGAGAGAAUGGAAUAUGACCAGGCAGGUCGCAUUACAUCCAGGAUCUUUGCCGAUGGGAAGACAUGGAGCUACACAUACUUAGAAAAGUCCAUGGUGCUACUUCUCCACAGCCAGAGGCAGUACAUCUUUGAAUUCGACAAGAAUGAUCGCCUCUCUUCUGUGACGAUGCCCAAUGUGGCCCGACAGACAUUAGAGACCAUUCGCUCAGUGGGCUACUACAGGAAUAUCUACCAACCCCCUGAGGGCAAUGCCUCAGUCAUCCAGGACUUCACUGAGGAUGGACACCUCCUCCACACUUUCUAUUUGGGCACUGGGCGCAGGGUGAUAUACAAGUAUGGCAAGCUGUCAAAGCUGGCUGAGAUGCUGUAUGACACCACCAAGGUAAGCUUCACCUAUGAUGAAACAGCAGGCAUGCUGAAAACCAUCAACCUACAGAAUGAGGGCUUCACUUGCACCAUCCGCUACCGUCAAAUUGGGCCCCUGAUUGACCGGCAGAUCUUUCGCUUCACCGAGGAAGGCAUGGUCAAUGCUCGUUUUGAUUACAACUAUGACAAUAGCUUCCGGGUGACCAGCAUGCAGGCCGUGAUCAACGAGACCCCACUGCCCAUUGAUCUUUAUCGCUAUGAUGAUGUGUCAGGCAAGACAGAGCAGUUUGGGAAGUUUGGUGUCAUCUACUAUGAUAUUAACCAGAUCAUUACCACAGCAGUCAUGACCCACACCAAGCACUUUGAUGCCUAUGGCCGAAUGAAGGAAGUGCAGUAUGAGAUUUUCCGCUCGCUUAUGUACUGGAUGACUGUCCAGUAUGACAACAUGGGGCGAGUAGUGAAGAAAGAGCUGAAGGUGGGACCUUAUGCCAAUACCACCCGCUACUCUUAUGAGUAUGAUGCUGAUGGCCAGCUGCAGACAGUCUCCAUCAAUGAUAAGCCACUCUGGCGCUACAGCUAUGACCUCAAUGGGAACCUACACUUACUCAGCCCUGGCAACAGUGCACGGCUCACUCCACUACGGUACGACCUCCGUGACCGUAUCACUAGGCUGGGUGACGUGCAAUACAAGAUGGAUGAGGAUGGCUUUCUGAGGCAGCGAGGCAGUGAUGUCUUUGAGUAUAACUCAGCUGGCCUGCUCAUCAAGGCGUACAACCGGGCUGGUGGCUGGAGUGUCAGGUACCGCUACGAUGGCCUGGGGCGGCGGGUGUCCAGCAAGAGCAGCCACAGUCACCAUCUGCAGUUCUUCUAUGCAGACCUAACCAACCCCACCAAGGUCACCCACCUCUACAACCACUCCAGCUCUGAGAUCACUUCCCUCUACUAUGACCUGCAAGGACACCUCUUUGCCAUGGAGCUGAGCAGUGGCGAUGAGUUUUACAUAGCCUGUGACAACAUCGGGACCCCUCUUGCUGUCUUCAGUGGAACAGGCUUGAUGAUCAAACAGAUCUUGUAUACAGCCUAUGGAGAGAUCUACAUGGACACCAACCCCAACUUCCAGAUCAUCAUUGGCUACCAUGGUGGCCUCUAUGAUCCCUUCACUAAACUUGUCCACAUGGGCCGACGGGACUAUGAUGUGCUGGCUGGACGCUGGACCAGCCCAGACCAUGAGUUGUGGAAGCACCUUAGUAGCAGCAACAUCAUGCCUUUUAAUCUCUAUAUGUUUAAAAACAACAACCCCAUCAGCAACUCCCAGGACAUCAAGUGCUUCAUGACAGAUGUCAACAGCUGGCUGCUCACCUUUGGAUUCCAGCUCCACAAUGUCAUCCCCGGCUACCCUAAGCCAGAUAUGGAUGCCAUGGAACCGUCCUAUGAGCUUGUACAUACACAGAUGAAAACUCAGGAGUGGGACAAUAGCAAGUCUAUCCUUGGGGUACAGUGUGAAGUGCAGAAGCAGCUUAAGGCUUUUGUCACCCUUGAACGCUUUGAUCAGCUCUACGGCUCCACUAUCACCAGCUGCCAGCAGGCCCCAGAGACAACAAAGAGGUUUGCAUCCAGUGGCUCAGUCUUUGGUAAGGGGGUCAAGUUUGCCUUGAAGGAUGGCCGAGUGACCACAGACAUCAUUAGUGUGGCCAACGAGGAUGGGCGGAGAGUUGCUGCCAUCUUGAACAAUGCCCACUACCUAGAGAACCUGCACUUCACCAUUGAUGGGGUAGACACCCACUACUUCGUGAAACCGGGGCCUUCAGAAGGUGACCUGGCCAUCCUGGGCCUCAGUGGGGGGCGGCGAACCCUGGAGAACGGGGUCAACGUCACUGUGUCCCAGAUCAACACGAUGCUCAAUGGCAGGACUAGACGCUACACAGACAUCCAGCUCCAAUAUGGGGCACUGUGCUUAAACACUCGCUACGGAACCACGUUGGAUGAGGAGAAGGCACGGGUGCUAGAGCUGGCCCGACAGCGAGCCGUGCGCCAAGCUUGGGCCCGUGAGCAGCAGAGACUGCGGGAAGGGGAGGAGGGCCUGCGGGCCUGGACAGAGGGGGAGAAACAGCAGGUGCUGAACACAGGGCGGGUGCAAGGCUAUGAUGGCUUCUUCGUGAUCUCUGUCGAGCAGUACCCAGAACUGUCAGACAGUGCCAACAACAUCCACUUCAUGAGACAGAGUGAGAUGGGCCGAAGGUGACAGAGAGGGCCAAGGCCUGGACUUCUUGCCAAAGACAGCUACACUUCUGUGGCCGCAUACCUGACUGUGUUGUACUUUAAAAAAAAAGAAUCCUUUUUUUAACAAGUGCAGAAAACAAACAUAAAAAGAUACUAGUUGCAUUGGAACUCAUGCAACUUUUUUUUUUUUUUUUUUAAAAAGAAAAACACAAAUUUGGCCUUCACACAUUUUUGCAAAGAACAGAAGGUGUUUUUUUUUUUUUUUUUUCUCUCUCUCUCUCUGUAGUGUGAUUACAAUGAAAAUUUUAUUGUCCUUUG